AUGCAUAUCAAAGAUAUCAAUAAACCUACCAAAAACGUAAAGGCCCACUAUGAAUAUUUAGUAAUUGGUGGUGGUAGUGGUGGUGUGGCCUCUAGUAGAAGAGCCGCUUCGUAUGGUGCCAAAACUUUAUUAAUUGAAGGUAAAGCCAUGGGUGGAACCUGUGUUAAUGUUGGUUGUGUCCCUAAAAAGGUUAUGUGGUAUGCUUCUGAUUUGGCUACUAGAAUUACACAUGCCAAUGAGUAUGGAUUGUACCAAAAUGUCGAACCUAAACUAACUAAAGAAAAUUUGACCUUUAAUUGGGAAUAUUUCAAAGAAAAAAGAGAUGCUUAUGUCAAGAGAUUGAAUGGCAUUUACGAAAGAAAUUUGACUAAAGAAGGUGUCGAUUAUGUUUUUGGCUGGGCUAGAUUUAACAAGGAUGGUCAAGUCGAAGUCACAAAGAGUGAUACCGGUGACGUUGAUAUCUAUACUGCUGAUAAAAUUUUGAUAGCAACUGGUGGUAAACCGAUUUAUCCAACAAAUAUUCCAGGUUAUGAAUUGGGUACUGAUUCUGAUGGUUUUUUCCAAAUGAAAACGCAACCAAAAAAAGUUGUUGUUGUUGGUGCGGGUUACAUUGGUGUUGAAUUGGCUGGUGUUUUCAACGGCUUGGGUUCUGAAACUCAUUUAGUUAUUAGAGGUGAAACUUUAUUACGUAAAUUCGAUGACAUUAUUCAAAAUACCAUUACUGAUUAUUAUGUGAGCGAAGGUAUUGAUAUCCACAAAAAAAGCCAAGUUUCUAAAGUGGAAAAAAAUGGUGAUGGUGGAAAAUUAACUAUCACAUUGAACGAUGGCACUGUUAUCUCCGAAGUUGAUGAUAUUAUUUGGACUAUAGGUCGCAGGUCUUUAUUAGGCAUAGGUUUGGAAAACGUGGGUGUUAAACUGAACGAAAAAGAACAAAUUGUUGUUGAUGAGUAUCAAAGAACGAACGUUUCAAAUAUCUAUUCGCUGGGAGACGUGGUUGGCAAAGUUGAAUUAACCCCUGUUGCAAUUGCCACAGGAAGAAAAUUAGCUAAUAGGCUAUUUGGUCCAAGUAUAUAUAAGGACCAAAAACAAGACUUUACCAAUGUCCCAAGUGCUGUUUUUUCCCAUCCAGAAGCUGGCUCCAUUGGUUUAACUGAAAAACAAGCCAUUGAAAAAUAUGGUAAAGCAAAUGUUAAGGUUUAUACUUCCAAGUUCACUGCUAUGUAUUAUGCCAUGUUAGAACAUAAAUCGCCAACUAGUUACAAAUUAGUUUGUACCGGUCCAGAGGAAAAGGUUGUUGGUUUGCAUUUGGUUGGUGACAAUUCUGCUGAAAUAUUACAGGGGUUUGGCGUCGCGAUUAAAAUGGGUGCCACAAAGGAAGACUUCGACUCUUGUGUCGCUAUUCAUCCAACUAGUGCCGAAGAAAUUGUUACUUUGAGGUAA